AUGCGUGCCACCUGCAGUUCAUCACGCCAAGCCCAAGCGCCGAGGCCUCUGAUUUGCCGACAUCCACUUUGCGAUCCGCUCCGUCACAUCCCCCACUCUCCAAUCACACGGGUUAUGCCGGUUCUUCAGAAGCUCAGGAAGAGGGGGUUGUCAAGGAUUUGA